AUGAUCGACCCAACUACGUCCGAUGAUGACGAUGGAUCUGUUCAAAUGUUUCCAGCAACUCGGAAGAAAGGUUCUGUUGUUGAUGGGUUGGCUCGAAAAAAGGAGAAGUCUGGGACAACAUCAUCAAAUCGCGGCAAGGCCGGAGAUGCUGGAUCAUUUCAUGACAUUCUUGCUCAAUCCAUGGAUGAAGCGCGCCGUGUCCAGGGGAACUUAUCAAGCUCGAAACUACUAAGUGAUACCAUGAAGGAAAUUGGAACAGCAGCGUCACAAACUGUGGCAUCCAUCAAAGAGUGGUCUGGAGGAGCUACAGGAAACCAUCAUCACGAUCCACAUGAACUUUGGAAGUACGCUGCCUCAAGUAGGGAUGAUGAUGAAGAUGACAACACCAUUGGGACGUAUGACACACUCCAAGAGGAAAACAACAUGAUUCGUCGCCUUGGUUCUUGGAAUACAAUCAAUACAAUGGAAACAACCGGUACCCUGGACACAGCAAACACUCAAGGGGAAACUCGGUUUGAAGAUGAUGAUGGCAACAUCAUUGAUCCAAAACUGCUGGAGAAAGCUAAAAAAGCAAGGGAAAUGAGGAGACCAACCCGGGAAAAACUUGUAAAAUUCGAUUAUCCUCCAGUGAAAUCAAUGAGACAGUUCCCAAGACAUGACCCUGAAAACCUACCAAAUCUAUUCUUCACAGAGCAAGAGUUAGACCAAAUUGAGUGCGAUCGGUAUUCAACAAUGAGUACAGAUGAUAUUGAAAUUGUCGCAGUUACAUCCAAGGAUCUUGGGGGGAAUGGGAAUGGUUCAAAAUUGAGAAGCAAAGAAAAUAGGAGGAAAAUGGAGGACAACAGAGACCCUGAAACUGGUUUAAAGUCAACGCGAGGGCGUGCAUCAACUCCGAUCAAACGUCGGAUUGAAGAUAGUGAAGGCAAUCCUGAUGACAAUGAAGGGAAUUCUGACGAAAACAACGAGAGUCGCCAGAGGGCAACGGCAAAGAAUGAGCGCAUGGUAAAGGGUGUCCAGAUUUUUCUUCGGGAGAGGUCCAUGGGCGUUUGA